GUCAGUGCGGUGGAGUUGCAGGAGCUGCGCGUGCGGAGGAGCUAUGGAGCUGACCCCGGGAGCCAGGAGCAUGAGGACCUGGAGUCUGUGUCAGAUUUGUACCUCCGGGUCGGAUUCUCGUCCUUAUGAAAUAGUCAAACAGCCUCGCCAUGCACCAGAAGAAUAUAAACCAAAGCAGGGGGAGAUUGAUCUUGGUACUACCUACAAAUGGCAUCUUAAUUCUUGUAAAGUGCAGCGUGUGGCAAUAGCUCGGCCUUUGGAGAGACAAGUUAAAAAAGGGAAGUUGGAUACUGUCCCGACCUAUAAAGAAGACAGGGCCGGUGGGAAGUCAGAAGAAACUAUGUAGCUUCCUAAACAUGAAAGAUGAGAGAGGCACAAGGAGCUAGAGACCAAGGCAGAUGCUGAAACUCAGGAGGCUGGUCAUUGAGGAUGCAGCGAAAGAGUGCAAGGGCACCUAAGACACUACAAAGACUAAGGCUGUGCUUCUCCAGUUGGGGGACCUGUGCCCUUACAGGCAAUCAGACGGGAAGUUACAGAAUAAUUACAACAUAUCUUCUUGGAAUUAUCAAAUUUUCUCCAUUUCUACAAGAAAACCUCAUUUCAUUGUGCUUUUGUUUUACUGUGCUUCACAGAUGUCGCAUUUUUUACAAACUGAAGGUUUGUGUCAACCCUGCAUCAAGCAAGUUUAUUAGG